AUUUCGGACCGAAGCACCGAGGCGUAGUGAUCUUGAAAUUUGGGCGCACAGCAGCAAAUAGUGGAAGAGGUGCUUGGCAAUCGCACGGGUGGAGAGCAAACGUUUGGGUUUCCAAUAUAUUUCGUCUACGUAAAGAUUAACGUAAUUCACACUCAAAUAUAAUGGCUGACCAGCUAACAGAGGAACAGAUUGCUGAAUUCAAGGAGGCGUUCUCACUGUUUGACAAGGACGGUGAUGGCACCAUCACUACUAAAGAGUUGGGUACCGUCAUGCGGUCUUUGGGCCAGAACCCUACAGAGGCAGAGUUGCAAGAUAUGAUAAAUGAAGUUGAUGCUGAUGGUAAUGGAACGAUUGAUUUCCCAGAAUUCCUUACUAUGAUGGCCAGGAAAAUGAAGGACACAGAUAGCGAGGAGGAGAUCAGAGAAGCGUUCAGAGUUUUUGACAAGGAUGGAAACGGUUAUAUUAGUGCAGCAGAGCUGCGUCAUGUCAUGACAAAUCUGGGGGAGAAGCUCACAGACGAGGAGGUGGAUGAGAUGAUCCGAGAGGCAGAUAUUGACGGUGAUGGUCAGGUCAACUAUGAAGAGUUUGUCCAGAUGAUGACGGCAAAGUAAAACUGGAAACCAAAAGGAGCACAACAGACCAAACAGUGGGCAGCAAUCUCACUGUCAACCUUCAACAAGCAUUCACAACCAAUCUCUUACUCUGCAUUUAGUUUCACUCUCCUCCACUUUCCCUUAGUUUGAUCAACCCUCUGCUUUGCUUGUUUUUGUUAAACCUUAUUGACUACAUCUCCCCCGCAUUUUUCCAUUCGUUAUCUGGUUUUUGUUGAAAGAAAAUAUUUACAUGCACAACAAAGUUUAAAUCUUGCAGAUAUGAUGGUGAUAACAACAGUGUAACACAUGUAUCAAUAUUUUAAAGAUUGUGUGACAUACUAUAUGGACAAGAGCAAUGCAUGCUUUAAUUAUGUUUGGCAUGUUUCUGUUUAUUUUUUAAUUUUUUUUAAUUUUCCAGCUUGCCUUUUUUCUAACUUGCUAGUUCUCCUUUAACUGCAUGUUUCUCAUGCGACCUCUGCUCAGUGGUCUUAGAACUGUAUGGUGAAUAACCAUUCAUGGAAAAUCAGGGGCUUUAUAUAACACAAUGGCUCAAACUUCCAUGUCAUAGCGUGAAUGUGUUGUAAGUGUAGAUCUGUGUGUCUGAGCGAGUGCUUUUAGUGGGAUUUAAAUGGAGCCACGCAGUACAGUUUACGUUUUGUAUAGGGCUUGUUCUUUAUGGACUGCAUAACUAAUAUGCAAGAGGAAAAUUAAGUAAAUUAGACAAACCUGCGUUGAAUAAUCCAGAUAUGGUUAAUUUGGGACCAAUUAUUUCAGUUAUUGGUUUACUUGUUUGUCCCUUUUGUAUUAGAGAUAAAGUGGUGAAAAAGGCUUUGAUAUUUUUUUCAUUUUACAUUCUCCUCACUAAUGUUACAAGCCCAAAGCAAACAACACCUAUUUGUUCAAGACUGGUGUAGAGAGGUUUAAUGUUUGGUUUGAGUUCUGUCAGUGCGGAGCUUAUACUGAAGAUGUAGAAUAAUUUUCACCAUAAAAUAUGGUCUUACAUUUUUAUGCUGCACUUGGUGUCCUACCACAUCUGUGGACCAUUGCAGUCUAAAGAAAAUUAAGCUGUGCUGAUUCUUCCUGCAGGCUGUUUGAUAUAGUUGUAUACAUCAAAGCACCUGCAUUUUAUGAUCCUUUAGACUAAUUUCUCAUAAAAAAAAGGCAAAUUCUCCUCUAACAUGAUCCUACAGUUGCGGUCCAUGCACAGUGGCAAUUGGCUGUUGGGGUGGUGCGCAAUGCUUGUCUAGUUAGAAUGUGUCUGCCUUGAAACCUGCAAAAAUGGAUGCUUUGACAUGAUUUUUUUUGUAAAUUCAUAGGCCAAGGUUAAACAAACAGCACUUAAUGGUAGAAUCACAUACAUGGUGGUAAUAUUGUAUCUUCUGCCCCAGUUCUUAAUUUAUUCUACUGUUGUGUUUUUAUUACCGUAUGUUUUUUUGUUUUUUUUCUGAGAUCUGAGUUUACUGUCUGAUUCUUUUUUCCCCUCUCCUUUCUGUUGCCCAUAAGGUUAUAUAGGAAAAAAAAUGAAAGGGUAUGCAUUCCAUUGCAGAAAUCUGUUGGUUUUCUUGCUAAAUAAACGUCUUGGACCUCUGUUUCUAAA